AUGAGGCUCGGGUCGUGUGGUGCUCCGCCCUCUCCCGGCAUCGGCCGCUCAGGGGCAGGCGCCGCAGCCAACACAUCUCAAUGGCAGGUGAGCCCGUGUGUUCACACGCAUGGGCCAGACUGCCUAACCCCCUACGCAGCACUUCCUGACUACUUCGCAUACUCCGCCGCCAUGAGGGUGCACAUCUGUUCACUCGUGGGCAAGCCCGGGUGGAGUGUUGGGCGCGCUCUGCCGCCCUGCCGAGUGACCGGCCACAAGGGAGCGGAACAGAGACAAUCCAGGGGUUCCGUACACCGCCGUAUGAACCGCUUACGAGACGGGAAGCUGGACGCCUUCAUCUAUGACGCAGCUGUGUUGAACUACAUGGCGGGUAAAGAUGAGGGCUGUAAACUCGUGACCAUCGGCAGCGGGAAAGUGUUCGCGACCACAGGAUACGGCAUCGCGCUGCAGAAGGACUCACGCUGGAAGAGGCCCAUUGACCUUGCUCUGCUGCAGUUCCUCGCCGACGGCGACACUCAGAAGCUGCAGACCGUGUGGCUGACGGGGAUCUGCCGCAACGAGAAGAAAGAGGUGAUGAGUUCCAAGCUGGACAUCGACAACAUGGCGGGUGUCUUCUACAUGCUGCUGGUCGCCAUGGGGCUGAGUCUGCUGGUCUUCGCCUGGGAACACCUGCUCUACUGGAAACUCAGGCACUCGGUCCGAAAGUCAGAGCGCCUGGACUGUCUCCUGGCUCUGAGCAGGGGGAUCUACAGCUGCUUCAACGGCGUGGAGCAUUCAGACAAGAGCAACAGAGACAUGCAGAGCCCCGACGUCACCUCCAACUACACCCAGGCUAACAUGCUAAAGAUGCUACGGACCGCCAAGGACAUGGUCUCCUCCGCCCGGGUGGAGAACUCUCUGGACAACGCCACCAAAACCAUCGAGAACUGGAGCCGGCGAGGAGCGGACAACGUGAGACUGCCCCCCAGAGUCACCGCCACGGACCUCACCCACAACCGGAUGCCGUACAUCUCCAGCAUCACGGACAACCACUCGGCUUAUCCCCAGCAGAGGGCGCUAACUCCCACCUUUCCCAUUCAUUACAUCGACUCCGCCACGCAGCCGCUUCUGGAUAAGUCGCGAGUGGUUACCAAGCCGACGCCGCUGAGAUACACGCUCCCCGCCAGACCGAGUCACCAUCUCCUGGAGCGGACUUUGCCCAUUUCCAGUCUCAGCACGCCGCACUUAGCCAUGCGGGACACCAGCCCGACCGUCACGCCGACUUUGCACCAUCGCAACCGUCUCUACGUGGACAACCAGCCGACACAGCAGCGUCCCCAGACUUUUGUCCCGUACCGUGAGUUCCAAGUCCCCGAUAUUUACGUGGAGCACAAAGGCCCGUUUCGACGUAAGUUCAGCUACCCCCCGGACUGCCGGCAAAGGCGCGCGCACAACUACGUCUUCAACGCUUUUGAUCCGAGGUCAAGGAAUGACUACGAUGAACCGCGGUCUUGCCUGGCCGAACUCCGCGCCAACGACCUUCUUCUAAAUAACCACGCUAACCAAGCUAACUCUAUACCGUGCUCUACCGCGGGCCACUACGCGGGAACUAGCCCCAGCUGUAACUCUUGCAUGAAAUCGUACGUGGAGGUGGACAUGGACGACGUGCCGCUGUUGGGGAAGGACAAGCUCAACCGGCGAGCCUCAUUUUUGAAAGCGACUUGGGGGAACGACCGGAUUCGGCAAGUGGACGAAACCAAGCCUUCCACCUCGUCCGCGUUGCCGCCGUCCCGAGCGGACAUACCGGACCUGUUCCCGCGUGUGGUGGUGGCGAACCCGAACCCGCAGUCGAGCAAACUGUACGGGAGUCUGGGGCACAACCUGUCGUGCUUCCCGCUGUCCGCAGAACCCGCCUACCUGGACCCGGCGCACAUGGGCUCGUUCCCGUACAAGCAGAAGCUGAAAUACGCAGACUGUGCUCAGCUGCCGUCGUACCGGGAGGCCAUUCUUCAGAACGCCGCGGCUCUGAGGCGCUCCUCCUCCACGCUGAUGCACAGACGCUACUCCUCCUACCUGAACUCGUACGCGGACUACCCGGUUUACGUAGCGCCAAGUCACUUUUACGACGGCGGUAGCAACAAAGACACGUGUCACUUGUUUCCGUGUGCGAGCCACUGUCCGGGGAACAGCAGCACACCGCUGCUGCAGCGCGUCAGUCACCAGCCCGUGGUGUACCAGCACAACAGCCUGUACGGGGCGUUCGAGGGGGGGGGCGGGGGCGGCGUGCGGGGAGAGGAGGCGGUGCGGGACCGGAGGCCGCUGAUGGUAACGCGCAGAGUGAACAGUCCCUAUGUGCCAAAGCCCUGGAGCAGGGUGUCCAGCCUGGAGUCUGAGGUCUGA